UGUACAAAAACUAUGUUGAUUUCAUGAUCAUGUGUUUAUGUUUUAAAACAUGAUUUCUCUUAAAAAACACUAGAAUAAGAGAAUCCAAUUAAACUAAACUGAAAUACAAAUCAAACCGAAUACAAACCGAACUGAAAUCGAUCCAAAUCAAACUAAUUAUAGUUUACUUCAGUUAGAAAAACUAUAGAACCAAAUUAACCAAACCGAACCCAAAUCAACCCGAUAAAAUAACCGAAGUGUCCACCCAAAUAAGGACUUUGCCUUAAUUUUUCUAGCAUGCAUUUUACAUAUAUAUAUCUUUUAAAGAAGAGUUGUAAUUAAGUAAUAGAUUAUGAUAAAAGUAAAUUUCAACUGCAUUCAGACUAGGAUUGAUAUUGAUAAAAAUCUGGGUAUCUUAGCUAGGAAUAUCUCAGCUAUAUAACCGGAAUUUAUAUCCCCUACGUACAUUCUUUAGCUGGAAAACAAUCCAACGGUUAAAAUCUCCAGUAAAGCCUAACUUAAAACAUCUACACCGUUAGUUAUGAUCUUAGGCUGAUACUGCUGGAUUUUUUUCUUAUAAUAACUAGUAACUAUGGUCAAAACUUCCAAAUAAAAGAAGAUAAAUAAGGAAGCGCAUUAUCUCUUAAGGAAAAAAGAAAAUGGUAAAACACCUAAUACAUUCUCAAAAACAGCUCAGCAUAUUCGGAUAAAUAUAUAUAUAUAAGACCUAUAACUACACGCAGAGAUUAAAGAUAUAAAUACAAUUCGUGACAUCGUGAGAGAUUCUAGUUGGCGUGACGUCGUAGAGAGAUGGUGACGACGGGGAAGACAUGUUCACAUUGUGGCCACAAUGGUCAUAACGCACCGACAUGUCUUAACGGAGUCAAUAAAGGAAGCGUUAAACUGUUCGGCGUUAACAUAUCGUCUGACCCGAUUAGGUCGCCUGAGGUGACGGAGUUAAGGAAGAGUGUCAGUUUGGGUAAUCUUGAUGCGCUUCUCGCUAACGAUAACAGUAACGGUAACGGUGAUCCAAUCGCCGCCGUCGAAGAUAACGGUUAUCAUUCCGAUGGUCAGAUUCAUUCUAAGACGGGGAGAUCCGCUCAUGAGAAGAAAAAGGGGAAGCCAUGGACCGAAGAAGAACAUCGGAUCUUCUUGGUUGGAUUGAAGGAACUCGGAAAAGGAGAUUGGAGAGGAAUCGCAAAAAACUUCGUGACGACAAGAACACCGACACAAGUCGCGAGUCAUGCUCAGAAAUAUUUUCUUAGGUUAAAUGCUAACGACAAGAAAAGAAGACGUGCUAGUCUCUUUGACAUCUCUCUCGAAGAUCAGAACUCUCAAGUGAUGACGACAGACGCAUCAACAUCAUUAUCGAAGAAUCCAUCUCGACAAUCAAUAACCGGAUCUCAAGAACCGGUACAAGUUCAAACCCAAGCUGAGAUAUCAAACCGGUUUCAGAAUCUAUCAAUGGAGCACAUGCCAAUCUACCCAACCGUGCAACCUUACUACAACUUUCCAUCUGUUAUGAUCCAUCCAAUGUACUACUAUCCCAAUCCUGAACAUGUUAGGUAUGUUCACCCUUCCGGUAUACCUGUACCAAGGCCUUUACCGAUUGGUAUGCCUCAUCAGGCAAAUGAUGCUUCACGUAUAGCAAAGAAAGAUGGUAUGGAACUUGAUAUCGGUCUGCGUCCACCUCCUCCUCCUCCUCCACAAGCUACCGCAGAAACAGACUUGGCGGGUCAUGGCGUCAUUCAUGUGAAGUGAAAUGACAUUUUAUUUUUGAUAUCUAUUAUAGAUACAGGUGUGUUAAUUGUUUUCUUAGUUAUGAGUUCCACAUGAAUAUAUACCUC